CAUUUUGUCCUUCUCGAUGGUCUAAAUUUAUGAUCUUUCCUUGCAAUUCCUUUUCUCUCCCUCGUUCACACCUUCACUUUACCCAUUCAAGCUUCGUGCAUUCAUUACUUAUAUUUUGAGGAUCAAGUCUCCGCGGUUGACAGCUAACUCACAUGUGAAAAUAAACCCUCCCUUUCAUACUUGUUAUGUCUGCUUUUCCAUUUUCACCAGUGCCUCUUUCUCAUUGAUAUCAGAGGGUUUUCGAUUCUUUCUCCGCUCAAACUGGUGGUGGGUUCACUAAAAAUAGCGACAACCUAUUCUGGGUUCUGAGGUUUGUUUGUUGUAAUGGGUUGCUGCUUCAGUGCGAAGAUCAAAGCUGAAAGCCCUCCACGCAAGGAUAGGAACUCAAGCCAUGACAGCAAAGAAGAGGAUGGUUUGAUUGGUGGAAGCAGCAAGUUCUCCACUUCCUCUGUGCCUCCGACUCCUCGAACAGAGGGUGAGAUCUUGCAGUCCUCCAAUUUGAAAAAUUUCGCAUAUAAUGAGCUAAAAACAGCUACAAGGAACUUUCGUCCGGACAGUAUGGUGGGCGAAGGUGGGUUUGGAGGCGUAUUUAAGGGGUGGGUUGAUGAACAGACACUUGCUCCAGCUAAACCAGGGACUGGGAUUGUCAUUGCUGUGAAGAAGCUUAACCAAGAAGGCUGCCAGGGACACAAUGAAUGGUUGACAGAGAUCAAUUUUCUGGGACAGCUGCAUCAUCCUAACCUUGUGAAAUUGAUUGGUUACUGCUUAGAGGAUGACCACCGGCUUCUGGUAUAUGAGUUUUUGACCAAAGGCAGCUUGGAUAAUCAUUUAUUUCGAAGGACAUCUCAUGUUGAACCCCUUUCUUGGAGCAACCGCAUGAAAAUUGCCCUUGAUGCUGCAAAGGGUCUUGCAUUUCUUCAUAGUGACGGAGUAAAAGUGAUAUAUCGAGACCUAAAAGCAUCUAAUAUCUUGCUUGAUUCAAACUUCAAUGCAAAGCUAUCUGAUUUUGGAUUGGCAAAGGACGGACCAUCAGAUGAUAAGAGCCAUGUCUCUACCAGGGUCAUGGGCACCUAUGGCUAUGCUGCUCCUGAGUAUAUGGCCACAGGUCACCUAACCAAGAAGAGUGAUGUAUACACUUUCGGGGUUGUUCUGCUUGAAAUCAUGUCCGGCAAACGUGCACUGGACAGAAACAGGCCAGGCAGGGAACAGAAUUUGGUUGAAUGGGCCAAGCCAUACCUUUCAAGCAAGCGCCGGAUUUUCCAAGUUAUGGAUGCUCGUAUCGAAGGCCAGUACCUGGUGCGUGAGGCCAUGAAACUAGCAAAAAUCGCGAUCCAAUGCCUUUCUGUAGAACCGAGAUUCAGACCGACCAUGGCCGAUGUGGUUGGAGCAUUGGAACAGCUUCAGGAUUGCAGUGAUACAGGUGGCUCAAGCAAUAGCAGCAGCAGCAGCAAUGUCCCUAAACAGCAUGUAAGAAGUACGAAUGAAUCUUUACAUGGGGUUGGAACUUCUGGGACCAGAUCAUCUUCUUCUCAUUCCACAUGAACAGAGGUAAAGUGAUUGGCAUGGAUUCAUGCUUCGCUCCUUUUUAUCGGCUGCAAGAAAUAGAGUUGGCACAUUGUAUAUCUUUGAACUUGAGCUUGUCUUCUCUUUUUUCAAGAUAGGUGAUUGCUGUACAGUUUUUUGAUUCUAUCUGUUGUUGUUAUUAUUAUUAUGUUCUAAAUUUGUUUAUCUUCUGGCAUUCUUUUUCCUUCCUACAUUGGCACGAACACCACUUGACUCUAUAAGAUGGGUGAUUGCUGUUCACCUUUAUGAUAUAUAUAUAUAUAUAUAUAUAUUAAU